AUGUUUUUUUUUCAGGAAUCUGUACGCCACAUUGGAGCGCUUGGCAACCUGAGUGGUCUAGGGAGCUUAGCUCAAUCAUUAACACAGACUCAACAGCAAGGAUCAUCGGAUGAUGACUAUGAUGCUUUCAAGGAUGAUGAUGAUGAAAGUGUAUCAAGUGCAGCUGUUGAUUAUUCUGAUAUCACAGAGGUUGCCGAUGACGACGAGGAGAUGGCGCUGGGCAUUCAACCAUACAUGGGUACUUACAUUGCCCCAAAGAGAGAUGACGAUGAUGAGAAUUAUGAUGAAGAAGGUGAAGAGGAAAAUUCAAAAGAUGCUACCUUGAUGCCCCCACCACCUUCAGGACCAUCACCAACUAAUGAUGCCAACAUCAUCUCUCCAACAUCUGGUUCAUCAGACAUUGGUAGUGGCACUGACUCUCAAUCAUUGCAUGUGGAUGUGGCUGUGCUUCAGGCAGAACUGAAUAAUCUCCGACAUCCGACAGAGGAAGACGUGCAUCAAGACUUUAUUGGUUCUCCAUUCGGAAUCGAAGACUCUCAGUCAAACUCUUUUAGUUCAACCAACUCAAGACAGUCAACCAGUUCCAGAGAGGAUAAGACACCAUCCAGAAAUUUUGAAAACCUAACUUCCAGAAUGGAUUUGGAAUCCAGUAUAAUUUUACCAUCUGUCGUUCCUGCAACCUCAUCAAGAAGCUCUCCCAGUGAUUCUGAAGGAAUAUCAAAAUCUCCAUUAGAGCAACCUCUGGAUAAGGGUGAUGGUGAGACAGAGGCAGGUGAUAGUAAGACAAAAAGAACUGAAAACUCUGAAGAUCAAUUACUGAAGCAUUCCAGUAAAGGGUCGACAAAAAAUGUAGAUUCACAGACAACGCCGAAGAAAAGAAAAAUGCCAAGUGUUACCGAAUUGUUUCCAGAAUUCAAACCAGGAAAGAGAAGUAUGCUCUACAAUGGCAGAUCCUAUUUGCUGGAGGGGAGAAGGUGGGGUGGGGUGUGGAAAGACUAUGCAGCAGUCAAAUAAAUCAGUAGCCACGAGUGUGUCAUGAAUUAUUAAGAGGUAUAAAUCGGGGAACUUCUUCACGUUAGCCUGGAAACACAUGCAUUUGCCCCUGUUCUGUAGUGGUAGGGGAUGCUACGCCUCACAACCCCACCCUCCUCUGGCCCACCCCCUCCUCCGUCCCAGUAGCCAAUACCUAAUAAUUUUUU